AGCUGAUUCCUCACAUGACAGAGUCCUUUUACGAGUUCAGCAUUAGAGCAGUUCUUAUUAGUUAGCAGCGUGAAAACUGUCCGAAAUUGUAAGGUUUGUUUGGUGUCUUCAAAUCAUUUAAAUAUACGUAAAGUUUUUACAUGGACGUCUGCUGGGCAUGGUUCUGAGAUCCUGAAAACUGUGAGAAAUAACGAUAGGAUCUUACCACCGCUCUCUGCCUGAUUGGUGGAUUGGAGUGUCAGUCAUCUUUAUCGCGUUGAUCAUGGGGAUGCACCCAAAAUGGGAGGAGUCCUAUCUUUAAAUGCAACCCUAGGGAGGACGAACAGGUCAGCAAGUGAGGGCACAUACAUAACCCUCACAAAGGAAUUUCUCUGUCAAGACUAACUAGUCUAGUUCGCUCCUGAGGGGACCUCCUGCUACGUUUGUUAUACUUCAGACUUCCAUGUGUCUUACAAAGUGUACACCAGUGUUAAAGUACCUUUAUACCCCACAAACCCAGCUUUUCAUCAUCUGUCUCCAGCUCAGGGUGUUGUCGAGUGAGGACAUAACACCAAGAUGAGGCCAGAAACCAAAUCACUGUUAAACAUCAUCGUAUUGGGUCUUGGCUUUAUGUUAAUGUUCACUGCCUUCCAGACCUGUGGAAACAUUGAGCAAACUGUUAUCAAGAGUUUUAAUAGCACAGAAUUCCAUGGAAGUGGGUACACAAGCAUGGCUAUUAUCUAUGGAGUCUUCUCUGCAUCAAACUUAAUUGCCCCUUCAGUGGUAGCUGUCAUUGGACCUCAGUUGUCACUCUUUUUCAGUGGACUAAUUUACAGUGGAUACAUUGCUAUGUUUAUUCACCCCUUUACCUGGAGUUUUUACACUGCUUCAGUCUUGGUUGGAAUUGCAGCUGCAGUUCUGUGGACAGCUCAAGGGAACCUUCUCACCAUUAAUUCCAGUGACUCCUCAAUUGGACGAAACAGUGGGAUAUUCUGGGCUUUGCUGCAGUUUAGCUUAUUCUUUGGCAAUCUUUAUAUUUAUGUUGCCUGGCAUGGGAAGGUUCACAUAUCAGAUAAAGACCGUCAGACAGUGUUCAUUUCACUCACAAUCAUCAGUCUGGUUGGAAACUUCCUGUUCUUCCUCAUUCAGCGGACUGAGACAGAAAUUGUCCCAUCUGACAGAUCUGAAUCACCGCUGCCUGCAGAAGCUUCUGAAAGUGACUCAGUUGUGAUAGGACCCCAGGGUCUAGGUGCUCAGGCUUUGGUGGCAUUCAAGAAAUCCAUUCAGCUGGCCAUGACCAAAGAAAUGCUGCUGCUAAGCAUAUCCAUUGCUUACACAGGGCUGGAACUGACAUUUUACAGUGGUGUUUAUGGGACAUCCAUAGGAGCCAUGACUCGCUUUGGUGAUGAUGCAAAAAGUCUCAUUGGCCUUGCUGGGAUUUUUAUUGGUGUUGGCGAAAUACUUGGUGGGUCUGUGUUUGGAAUGCUGAACCAGUGUAAUCAGUAUGGAAGGAACCCUGUGGUGCUUUUGGGAUUGAUCACCCAUAUUUUGGCCUUCUACCUAAUAUUCCUGAACAUAGCUAGUGAUGCUCCCUUAGCCCCAGAGGAGGGUACACAGCUGCAAGGCUUCAUCAGUCCCAGCAAGGAGUUGGCAUUGUUCUCCAGUUUUCUGCUUGGGCUAGGUGAUAGCUGUUUCAACACACAACUGCUGAGCAUUGUGGGAUUUAUAUUUCGUGAUGACAGUGCACCAGCAUUUGCUGUUUUCAAGUUUGUACAGUCCAUUGCUGCAGCUCUGGCCUUCUUCUACAGUAAUUAUCUACAGCUAUACUGGCAACUGCUCAUUAUGGUACUGGUGGGCUUUACUGGCACCCUCUCUUUCUUUAUGGCUGAAUGGAUGGUGGUCAGCUGCAGACAAAACUCAGAUUACAACAGCAUCUAAUGCCAGUAAAAUUUGGCCCCAGAAGACUUCAUUUUUGUCUUUUCUACAGUUUGCUGGAUCCCCAGGAUUGGUGUGGAAUGUGUAGUUCUACAGAAUUUUGUAUACUACUUUUUUUGGCUCACUCAUCUCUGCUAUAAAACAUGUCUUUUGUCUCUUUUUUUAAAAUAUACAAUAUAUAAGCCAUUAAAGUCACUGUUUUGUG